AUUAUUUACUGUCAAGGCCUAACUAAGUAACUCAAUUGAAAGAGCUGGCCACUAUCAUUCAAAACCUAAUUAUAAUACGUACACUAAGUGAUGAAGCUUUCUAGUGGUUGGGAGAUGGAAGGGUUGAAACCAGUGAUACUAAUGGUGUUACUACAGAUAUUAUAUGCAGCGUUGAACGUGUUGUAUAAGCUCGCUAUAUUUGAUGGAAUGAGCAUGAGAGUUGCUUCUGCUUACCGUCUCAUGUUUGCUUCUGCCUUUACUCUCCCACUUGCUCUCUUCUUUGAUAGAAAUAACCCACCAAGAAUUACCAGCAAGGUGCUUAUUAUGGAAUGUCUUUGUGGAUUUUUCGGCGGAAGUUUAUUUCUCAACCUUUAUUUUGCGGCCCUGUCUCUGUUGCCCGCGACGUUCAUGUUGGCCAUCAACAACCUUGCUCCGGCUGUCACCUUCGUUAUGGCCAUAAUUUUCGGUUUGGAAAAAUUGAACUUGGGAUCCGCAGCGGGAAAAGCAAAGGUACUAGGAACAGUAACUGGAAUUACAGGGGCAAUGGUGUUAAGCUUUUUCAGAGGUGUUGAAAUUGAUAUUUGGUCCACACACAUAGAUCUCUUGCAUCGUAAUCAUCCUCCACCACAUGCUGAAUAUGCCAACAAACUCUUGGGUCUCACAUUUGCCAUAGCAAGCUGCUGCUCCUUUUCUCUCUGGCUCAACAUUCAGGGUAAAAUGAAUGGUAAAGAAUACCCAAGGCAUCACACAGGGACAGCAUUGAUGUCCACAAUGGGCGCAAUACAAGCCACUGUUUUUGCUCUUUGUGUUGAUAGGGAUUGGACCCAAUGGCGCCUUGGUUGGAACAUAAGGCUUCUCACUGUGGCUUACGCGGGAAUCGUAGCAUCGGGUAUAGUGAUUAUAAUUACUGCGUGGUGCAUAAAAGUGAGAGGCCCUCUAUUUGCGUCUAUUUUCAAUCCUCUACAGCUUCUGCUUGUGGCUAUUGUUGCUUCUUUGAUUCUCAAUGAGAAUUUAUAUUUAGGAAGUGUGGUUGGAGGAGUGGUGAUCGUGAUUGGCUUGUACACGGUGCUAUGGGGAAAGAGCAAAGAAAUUGAAGAGAAGCAGAGGAUGGAUGAGUUAGUUUCAUUACAAAUAAUGAAUAAUAAUAAAGGGUCCCAAGUUGUUGAUGUUGAUGUUGUUGUUGAUCAUAAAAGUGAACAACACAACAAUAUACAGUGACUAGUAGUGGGUGUUCAUCACUUCAUCGUCAUAUCAAACUACCACUACUACUACGUACGUACAAUGCUGUUUCCAUUCGUAUGGAAACACACAAUUAUUCAACACAAAAGUCAUGUCAUCUCAUCAUCCCAACACACAAGAAUUGUUGAAUACUGAAUAUUUAUGUACAGUUAUUUUCAUCUGAAAUUAAUAAUGUAAAUUUUUAUAUUUUUGUA